AAAAGAACAAACAUGCUGGGCUCACAAGAACAGAAACUGAGGAAAUAAGCAGCUUCAUCAAUUUUAGAAUAAGUUUUUAGACCCUGCUGAGUUUUACUUGAGCUCUUGUACGGGAACAGGAAGACCCCUCUGACUGUGCCUAGCACCAUCACAGCAAAAUCUUCUGAGGUGGUUUGGGUUUCCUGGACAUACAAGUGCCAUGUGACUUCAAGAAGCUGAACAAAAAGAAGAGAUAGUUCAAGAAAAUAGAAGGAAGAGGAAUUCUACCUUCAGCUUUUAGCUCUGGAGAGUCAUGGAGAAUAUGUGGGUGUUGGGAGCCGUGCUGGUUCUGGCUGUCUGUCUUACCUCAGGAGAAGCUGUCAGAAUGUUUCCAGCAUCUAAUAAAACAACAUCUGAAAUUUCUGAAGGUUCCAGGAAUGAGAGUGUUGAAAUGGGCAACAACAUAACUUUACUCUGUACCAAUGAAAAGGUAGAAUGGAAUAAGAUGCUUUAUGUAAUCUGGAAAAUCUACUCACAAGAGAAGAACUGUUAUAUCUCUGUGUCCACAAGCGACCCUGCCUUUAACAACUGUACGGAUGGAAAGCAGAUAAUCAAUGAAAGUACAAGUGGAAACUACAGCUUGUUCAUCCCUCAGUUUUCAAUCAAAGAUGAAGGCCGUUACAUCUGUGACAUGUCUUACCAAGCUGGGGCCUUUAUAGAAACAAUUAAUGUGUCUACAUGCGUCCGUCCGACACUGACUGGCUGGCUGGAAAAGGAUAAGGAUGGUCACACUUUUGCCGUCUGUAGAGCUCAGGGUAAACCAGCAGCUUCCAUUUACUGGAAAACCCCGUGGAACGUCUCCUCACCCAGAACAAACUCAUCUAUAAAUUUUACAGUGACGAGCCGUUUACAGCUGCCUCAUAAGGCAUCUCCCAUUGAAUUGACCUGCGUAGUCCCCUCCAGCUCCUGCAACAAGGAAGAGAUUCAAUUUAACACCUUCCAGUAUAAGGUCUCUUUCCAGGCUAUUGAACACAAUUGGAUUCGUCUGGGUAUUUUUGCCUUUUUCAUCAUAACACUUCUGAUCAUCAUUGGAAUUGUUUUGAUCAUUAAAAAAUGUGGCCUGCAUGUCUGAAAUCUCAACACCAAAAGAAGAAAACUCAAAGGAAUAUGAAGAAGAAGUGAAGGUGGAAAGUGGCUUGUAUGUGAAUGUUAACCAACUUAUGACCUGUUUAGACUUGAGACUUAAGACAUACAAAAGUGCAGUGUUUAAGGGAAGCUGCAAAAUAACUCAGAGAUGGUGAACCUCCUGCAGGUCUUGAUAGCAGGUGGGAUCAAACAUUAUAAAAGUGGAUAUCUGCAUUUUUUGGAAUCUAAAAAAAUGUGUCCGGGUGGGAUUUUUUAAAUGAAAGGAUAUUGCGUUAAUUUCUACAGUCUAUUUCCAAUGUAAAAAGACAAUAUGCAUAAAAUAUAUUAUAUCAUAUAUACAUAUGUGUGUGUGAAUGUGUCAUGUUUUGUCUGGAUGUGCCCAUGCAAGCCUUCUUAUUCUUAUUUAUUUAUUUAUUUUACUUUUUAUUAGUUAUGGUGAACUAACUAUGGUUAAUUUCACAGCUCCGAGAUGUCCAUGUAUCAUUAGUGAGACACUGUGACCUUUCAUUUCUUUGGAAAUACUACAUUUUAAAGCUUUGUACUGCAGAGAGGUAGUAGGGAAGGCCAGGGACAGUGGCAAUAUUGGGCGGCUGUAACACCUUGAAUUCCUCCUAUUAGAAACAAGCUAGAGUGAUUAAACUCUCUGUGCACAUGCUUAGUUAGACUGUCUUCUUGCUAACAAAGUGAAGCCACAUUUGAAACUCCCAGAGAGUUGAACUUUUCUAUCAGACGUAAUUUUUGGAUACUGUCUUGAGAUCAAAUGUCUAGGAAUUCAAACCAGUAUUAGUAGAAUCACUGUUUUAUAACCUAAACAUAGAAAUGCGGUAGACUCAGUCAAUACUAGGACUGUUACUAAUCAUAUAACUCUCCAAUUCCACCCACUGCCAUAUGAU